CAUGUUUUACCACUUUUUCUGGUAUUCUUUGAUAUUUCUUUGCUCAUAAGUGAAGAAGUUUUUUACUGUAAAAAAGAAGCACCUGUGUUCCUAUUCAACAGGUGGACAUGAUCCCCUUUAAAUGGAUCUUAGGUUUGAUGAUUCUGAUUCUUUUUUCUGAAUGUCUGUUUCUGGCGUAUCUCACAAUGAAUAAAACAUUACGAAAUGAACAAAGAAAGAAUUUUUCAAAUGUUUUGCAUUGUUCAGUCAUCCGUCAGAGAUUUUCUGUUAUCACUUCAGCAAGUUAUCUAAGUUCUGAUUUUAAAAGCUUCUCAGAGAACGUCUCAGAGUUAAUAAACUGUCCACACAUGUCCAAUAUCAACCAAAAAGAGCUGUACAGAGAAAAGUUGCAUGAUUGUUGUAAUGCGACAGGUCUUUUGUACAUGACAAAGCAAAACACAGACGUGAAUAAAAAGAUUCCUUACGAGUCCAGUGCAUACCCGAGCUAUAAAAUGGCUACCUCAAUAUAUAACAUGUUACCUGAGGAUUUUUCCUGGAGUGGGCGUACUCUCAGUAACUGUGCUGUGGUUGGGAGUGGAGGGAUUCUGAAGAACAGUAGCUGUGGAAGAGAGAUCGACACUGCAGACUAUGUUAUCAGGUUUAACAUGGCUCCCAUCUACGAGAGGGAUGUUGGUCGAAAGACUAAUCUGAUAACUAUCAAUCCCAGCCAGAUCAAACGUGCCAAAUUUGAUGAAAAGCGUCAUGGUCCAUUACUCAAGCGUUUGAAAGUCUAUGGUAAUGCAAGUCUCCUCAUGCCUGCCUUUGCAAGCCCACAGAACACUCGACUGUCAAUCAGUACCCUCAAGAAACUUUGGCCUCUACGUCCUGAGCUUCAGGUGGUCUUCUUUAGCUCCAGCUACCUCAAGGACUUGGACAGCUUCUGGAGGGAGCGUGGCCUGAAAGCGAAGCGCCUCUCAACGGGUUUUAUGUUAAUAAAUGUGGCACUAGAGCUGUGUGAUCAUGUGCAUGUUUAUGGAUUCUGGCCAUUUGACACCAAUCUGCAGGAGCAGAACCUUUCACAUCACUAUUUUGACAAUGUUAAACCUGGAAAAAGAAACUUACACUCAAUGCCAGAUGAAUUUCUGAACUUGCUGAAGCUGCACAGUCAGGGGGUGUUAACACUGCACCUACAGCCCUGCUGGUAAACUCUGUGAUGAGUGUUUGAAAGUCUGAAUUGAACUAUGCUGCAUUUACAUGCUAUAGGAAAUUUGAUCAUUCCUAAUUCUGAUGUUGUGAUUAUGAGCUUGUGGUUCGGGUGCUUUGUUGUUGGAAUAAAUAGAGGAUGCCAGGUUCAUACUUGCGUGUUUUAGGAAAAUGUUAUUUAAACCCAAUAUCUACUACUAUAUUGACAAGGCAAGGCAAUAAAGCUGUUGGGGAUAAAAACUAAUAAAGCAUACCUGCCACCGGAGAAAUCUUUCCCCCCAUUCGGCAUUGUUAAAGUUUUAGAGCUUAGCCCAUCUUAAGAAUUUGGGUAUCAAAAAAUAUUUCCGAACACAACAUCAGAGGGCGUACAUGUGCGAUUGUUACCUAAGAAACUUGUGUUUACGAUCAUUCCGAUAGUAUGUGAAGGCAGCAUUCCAGGCACAAUUGUUGGUAACACCUAAGGUUGUAUUUGUUAACAAUUAGUUAAUUGGCUAUCAUAAACUAACAAUAAACAAUACUUCUACAGCAUGUAUUAAUCAUAGUUCAUGUUAAUUUCGGCAUUUACUAAAACAUUUAUAAAAUCAAGCAUUUUGUAACAUUAGUUAAUGCACCAUAAACUAAUAUGAAUAACUGUAUUAACAUUAACAAACAUUAAGUAAGGAAUAAUUGACAAGGGGCUGUUCAAUUAUUUAAAAAAAUAAUCCACACCCAAGGUGGUAAUAAAUGCAGCACAACACAAAGCGCCGUUACUCUGGGGGUGUGCAUUAUUUUUAAAUAAUUUAACGGACUGAGUCAAUUAUUCUGCUUAUACCCCUAUUACCACAAACAUUGCUAAGACAUUGCUCUGGUGGUAAUUUUAAGACAUUUGUCAGGUUAGGUGUGUGUUUAAUGAAACAUUUCUCAACCAGUCAGAAAAAGGAAUCAACAGCCCUGAUAACAAGAAUUAAUACAGGUACAUGCUGAAAAACUGUAUUGUUCAUGUUCAUUGUUUGUUCAUGUUAGUUAAUGCAUUUACUAAUGUUUACUAAUACAACACUUAUUGCAAAGUGUUUGCUCUCAAAAUGUCAAAUGCAUGUAAAUGACAAAAUAACAGAAUCAUUUUCCAGUUAAAAGUGUAAGAAUUUAUGUUCGUUAUUAAUGUGAAUAAAAUGAGAGAGAGAUUUUGA